AUGACAGGAUGUAGGCCAAUCUUGGGUGUUGAUGGGGCUCACUUGAAAGGAGCAUACCUUGGUAUUUUACUCACAGCUGUAGGGAAAGAUAGGAACAAUAACAUCUUCCCUGUGGCUUGGGCUGUUGUGGAGACUGAAAGCUCAGAGACAUGGUGUUGGUUCUUGGAGCUGGUGAGACAAGAUGUUGCAUCUGUUGCUGAUGUUGUGACCUGGGUACAUGAGAAGGAUGAACUAACAUACAUGUCAGAUAGACAAAAGGGAUUAUUGGAUGCAUUCAGUACAGUAAUGCCUAAUGUUGAUACUAGGUAUUGCUGUAGACACAUUUGGAGCCAUUUCAAAAAUAAGUUUCCAGGAAUUGUUUACAGGGAGCAUUUUUGGAUGGCUGUUAGAUCUUCAACAAGGCACCAUUUCAAUAUGCACAUGGAAAAAAUCAAAGCCAUAAAUGUUGAAGCAUUCAAUUAUCUGGAGAAAAUCCCCACUUGUCAUUGGUCUAGACAUGCCUUUAGCACCUCAUCUAAGUAUGAUAUGUUGUUAAAUAAUUGCUGUGAAAGUUUUAACAACGUACUUAGAGAGGUUAGGUCUAAACCCAUCCUUCAAUUAAUGGAGUGGAUUAGAAGGUAUGUCAUGUCUAGGAGUUGUGCAAAGAGGGAAGGGUUGAAGAAAUUCAUUGGUCUAAUUAUGCCCUCUGCUGUUAAAAUGGUUAAUAAGGGGCUAGAACAAGUAACAGAUGUGAGGUUAAGUCAAGCUGAUUUACAUGAAUUUGAGGUUGAUCAUGAGGAUGAUACUUAUGUAGUGAACUUAGACAAAAGUGAAAUGCAGUUGCAAUAG